UUGAUUUCCCUUGUGGUAAUGCUUUGUUAUGCCACAUUGCCAUUUCAAUUCUGUUUCAGGGAAAAUGAGCUGUCAAAUAUUGAGAUAAUCGUAGCCGACAUCAGCAAGUUUGAGAUGGAACGCUCUUUUGACAGGAUCGUAUCUAUAGAGAUGUUUGAGCACAUGAAAAACUACAAGUCGCUUCUUAAGAAGAUAUCCAGGUGGGUGAAAGAGGAUGGCCUACUAUUCGUUCACCUCUUCUGCCACAAAGCAUUUCCAUAUCACUUUGAGGAUAAAAACGAUGAUGACUGGAUCACGAGGUACUUCUUCACUGGAGGAACAAUGCCAUCUGCAAACCUACUUCUAUACUUUCAGGAGGAUGUAUCUGUGGUAUAUCAUUGGCUUGUUAGUGGCAUGCAUUAUGCUAGAACUAGGUAUAUCCUUCCAAACUUCAAACUAUCCUCGCCCUAA